GUCUUUCAUUUUGAAUCUAUUCGUGUACAUCUUUCUGUUUGUUGAUCUCAAAUUUUUUUUCAAAAAAUUAAAUAAAAAUGCCUAGUAAAAUAAUUGUAAUUUUUAUUUUUAUUUCCAUCAGCAGUGCAUGUUUAAUAACAAAUUGUCCUCGUGGUGGAAAAAGAAAUUACGAAGAUUCUUCAAUUGAAAGUGAAAAUAAUUCAUUGGCAAAAAAUUCAGAUCAACAGACAAUACACACUUGGGACAGAUUUCGGCAGAAUUUAAAAAAUCGAAUUCCAAUAAAAACUUCAAAAGAACUUGAACUUCUAUUAUUAUUCAAUGUUUGUAAAAUGUUACCACAAAGGGAAGAUUAUAAAAUUUGUUCCUCUCAAUUACUCAAGUAACAUUCCAGAAUUAUAUAUAAAGUAUAGAAGAAAGAAAAAUUAAUGAAAAAAAAAAAAAAAAUUCCUUCAUUGUAGAAACCAAAUAAAAUAUUAAAACAAACAGAAAAUAAUUCCUAAAUUUUCCUUUCCGUAAAUUCAUUUUUAUUUUCAAAAACGAAUUUG